GCACGCUGACACAUUCCAUGGCUGUCGUGGGCUUGUCAAGGUCCCAACCCCGUAACAAAGUACUAUCAUCAGUUCUUCUCUGAUACAUGUAUAUACGAACAAGAAAAGCAACUCUGAAUUGUCAAGAUCGACAGUUGGUUCGACCAUGAACACAACAAUGUCGAUUCCACGACCCCCCAACGAGUCCUGGGACUGCAUGCUGCCGGGCCCACCCUCCCGCAACAACGGUGGCGCCGCCGACCUCAGCACCGCCGGACUCCUCGCCUACGCCUCCGGGAGCAGUGUUGCCGUCAUUGAGUCCCGCUCCAUGCAACUCGUCUCCGUCCUUCCCCUCCCUCCUCCCUCCACCACUUCCAAUACCUCACUCUCCCCCUUCGUCACCUCCGUCCGAUGGUCUCCUCAGCCCCUCCGCCGCGACCUCCUCUCCCACGACCCCUCCUCCACCUCCCACCUCCUCCUCGCCGCCGGCGAUCGCCAAGGCCGCAUCGCCCUCCUCGAUCUCCGCCUCAAGUCUCCCCUCCUUUUCCUCGAGUCCGAUCCCUCCUCCUCCAAGCUCGGCAUCCAAGAUCUCUGUUGGAUCCAGACCCGACCCGAUAUAUGGAUCCUCUCCGCCCUAUCUGGACCCUCCAACCUCUCUCUCUACAACACCUCCACCGGCCGGUGCUUCUUCAAAUACGACGCCACACCUGAAUUCUUCUCUUGCAUUCGCCGCGAUCCCUUCGAUUCGGGUCAUUUCUGUACCCUAGGACUCAGAGGCUUCCUUCUCUCCAUCAAGGUCCUCGGUGACACCGAAGACGAUGUCGUCAUCAAGGAAAUUCAAAUUCCCACGGACACCUCCGAAUUGCAGAAGCUGGAGAGGGACGCGGUCUCCGGAGCGACGCCAAGUUCUUCGCCGGCGUUGACGGUGUUUCCUACGUACAUGGUGAAGUUUGCAUUCUCGCCGCAAUGGAGGCACAUUUUGUUCGUGACUUUUCCGAGGGAGUUGGUGGUGUUUGAUCUGCAAUACGAGACAGCAUUGUUCACGGCGGGGCUUCCGCGGGGUUGCGCCAAGUUUGUGGAUGUGUUGCCACAUCCGAAUGUUGAGUUGCUGUACUGUGCUCAUCUUGAUGGGAAGCUUAGUACUUGGCUGCGAAAAGAAGGAGAACAGGUGCACAUGAUGUGUAAGAUGGAAGAAUUGAUGCCCUCAAUUGGCACAUCUGUUCCAUCACCCUCCAUUCUUGCGGUUGUCAUUUCUGAAUCGGAUUCCACCCUUCAAAAUGUUGGGAAGCUUUAUUCUGAGUUAUCUCAUACUUCAGCUGAUGUGGAUUUUGACAGUCCUUUUGAUUUUUGUGACGAAUCUGUUCUCAUUUCUAAGAUACAUUUGCUAUCCAUUUCCGAUGAUGGGAAAAUAUGGAACUGGCUCCUGACUGCUGAAGGACCUGGAGAUGCUCAGGACACAACAAACAUGGGCAUUGUUGCGGAAGUCAGCGAAGUGCCAGUUUCAGAUACAAAUGACAGCAUCAUUGAUUUGUCUACAAGUGAACCUGCUCCGGAAGCAUAUAAAAAGGAUAUUGCGAAUAGCAACAGAAGUCAUCCUUCGAAGUCUACUGUUAGCCAAGAAGAAAUCUCAUUUAAGGUUGAAUCACUGAUGCAGAUCAGUUUAGUUGGACAGCUUCAUCUACUUUCCUCAACAGUGAGUAUGCUUGCUGUACCAUCCCCUUCUCUGACAGCUACUUUAGCCCGUGGGGGAAACAAUCCUGCUGUAGCUGUUCCAUUGGUUGCUUUGGGAACUCAAAGUGGUACAAUUGACGUCAUUGAUGUCUCAGCCAAUGCUGUUGCUGCUAGUUUUUCUGUUCAUGCUAGUACUGUUAGGGGAUUACGAUGGCUUGGAAAUUCUAGACUUGUCUCAUUCUCCUACACCCAGGGGAAUGAAAAAAGUGGAGGCUAUAUUAAUAGGCUUGUUGUGACCUGUCUUAGAAGUGGCCUUAAUCGAACAUUUCGGGUUUUACAAAAGCCAGAGCGUGCGCCCAUUAGAGCUUUAAGGGCUUCAUCAUCUGGAAGGUAUCUUUUAAUUUUGUUUCGCGAUGCACCUGUAGAGGUGUGGGCAAUGACAAAGACACCCAUUAUGCUUAGAUCAUUAGCUCUUCCAUUCACGGUAUUAGAGUGGACUCUGCCAACUGUUCCACGGCCAGUUCAAACUGUACCUUCUAGGCAGUCACCAUCAUCAUCCAAAGACCACACUCCUUUGGCUGUAUCUGGGACAUCUUCCCCAACGGCGGCAUCUUCAACGGAUUCUAAGGGAGUGAGCUCAGACGGAUCUCAAGAUGACUCAUCUGAAAGUUUUGCAUUUGCGCUAGUAAAUGGUGCACUUGGUGUUUUUGAGGUUCAUGGGCGAAGAAUCCGAGACUUCAGACCAAAGUGGCCUUCUUCUUCAUUUGUUUCAUCUGAUGGAUUGGUCACAGCUAUGGCCUAUCGCGUGCCUCAUGUAGUUAUGGGGGACAGGUCAGGUAACAUACGUUGGUGGGAUGUGACAACUGGACAAUCUUCUUCAUUUAACACUCACAGGGAAGGGAUUCGGAGAAUCAAGUUCUCACCUGUUGUUGCUGGAGACCGUAGCCGUGGCCGUAUUGCUGUACUAUUUUACGACAAUACGUUUUCUGUAUUUGAUCUUGAUUCACAGGAUCCCCUAGCCAAUUCCCUUUUGCAACCUCAAUUUCCAGGAACCCUUGUACUGGAACUUGACUGGUUGCCUUUGAGAACGGAUAAAAACGAUCCACUGGUGUUGUGCAUUGCUGGAGCUGAUAGCAGCUUUCGCCUAGUUGAGGUUAAUAUAAAUGAUAAAAGAUUUGGUUACGGAUCUCAGUAUAGAGCUUUAAAAGAAAGAUUCAGGCCAAUGCCUUUAUGUUCUCCCAUAUUACUUCCUACCCCACAUGCCUUGGCAUUACGGAUGAUCUUGCAAUUGGGUGUGAAACCCUCGUGGUUCAAUACAUGCAGUACAAAUUUAGAAAAGAGACGUUACCCAAUUCCAGGAACUGCUUCAUCGGCAGGGGAUCUUCGCAAUUAUAUGAUCGAUUCACCUCCUGUUGGUGACUCCGUAGUGCCAGAGAUGCUUCUCAAGGUAUUAGAACCUUAUCGGAAAGAAGGCUGCAUACUUGACGAUGACAGGGUGAGAUUAUAUGCUACAUUGGUGAAUAAAGGUUCUGCUGUAAGGUUUGCCUUUUCAGCUGCAAUCUUCGGUGAAACCUCAGAAGCACUUUUCUGGUUACAGUUACCUCGUGCUCUUAACCAUUUGAUCAAUAAGUUGGUCAAUAAGUCUUCACAGAAAGCCCCCAAAUCAGCAUCGACUCCUGAGCUUGAUGAGGCAUCUAUGCUGAGUAGGAUAACAUCAAAGGGAAAAUCAAUUCCAGGAACAGGAAAAAUGGAUGCAUUGAGUAAUGGUCAACUUCAAUUGAUGGGUUUUGAGCAAGAAGAGUUGUGGGAAAGAGCUAGUGAGCGUAUUCCUUGGCAUGAGAAGUUGGAGGGUGAAGAGGCUAUUCAGAAUCGUGUGCAUGAGCUUGUGUCAGUUGGGAACUUAGAAGCUGCCGUUAGUUUACUGCUUUCAACUCCUCCAGAGAGCUCCUUCUUCUAUGCAAAUGCUCUCCGUGCAGUUGCUCUUUCAUCUGCCGUAUCAAGGUCUUUGCAUGAACUGGCUGUUAAGGUUGUUGCAGCCAAUAUGGUCAGGACAGACAGAUUCUUUUCAGGCACACACCUUCUCUGUGCUGUUGGGAGGUAUCAAGAAGCUUGCUCUCAGCUCCAAGAUGCUGGCUGCUGGACAGAUGCUGCAACCUUAGCUGCAACACACUUAAAGGGUUCUGAUUAUGCAAGGGUGUUGCAAAGGUGGGCUGAUCAUGUCCUUCGAGCUGAGCAUAAUAUCUGCAGGGCUCUGAUUUUGUAUGUCGCAGCUGGGGCAUUGCAAGAGGCGUUGGCAGCACUUCGUGAGGCACAGCAACCAGAUACAGCUGCCAUGUUCAUACUUGCUUGCCGUGAAAUCCUUGCUGAAAUCGUUUCUAGCUUAGAUUUGGAUGAGGAAUUCAGGUGUUCAAUCAAGGAAAAAGUGUUUCUUAUGCCUGGGCUGAACCCGGACAAUGAAGAUGUUAUUGCAGUUGGUGAAUACUAUGGGCAGUACCAGAGAAAAUUAGUGCAUUUGUGCAUGGACUCACAGCCAUUUUCUGACUGAACAACCUGGCCGGUACUCUCUAGCAUGUCUGUUCUAUUACUUGUGCUUCACUCUCUGGCAAAAGUUUUGGUACUCGAGGAAAUUCCCACUUGCCCUGGAUUCAGUUCCACAUCUUUUGUGAAUCAAAUGCUACAUCUGGAAAAUAUACACACGAAAAAUUUGGGUGAGCAAAAUGUUAUAUCUGGAAAAUCUGAAUCCCCUAGACGGCAGCAAAAUUAACAAAUUGGCUACUUCAGAGUUUGUUGCAGAAAUUGUUGUUGAUAGUAUUGAUUUGUGUUAUAGCUCAUGUAAGAUUUUGUCUGCGGUACAAUUGUAAUUCCAAAUUUUCACAUUAUUGCAAAAAGUUAUCUUCUGGUAGGAUGGGUGGUGAUGCCAUUUGUUCAUUUUCUAAGGAAACAUCUGUAUCCUGACCUGAUUGAAAUAGUCAUAUAUGUGAAUAGCAACCUUCAUUUUUGUGGGGGCAUUUGCCUAGAGAAUUACUAACAAAUUAAGGAUGUCAGAGUUGGCUGCUUUCAACAUUUUGGAAGCCUUCAAAACCAAAUAAAAUUGAUCAGUUUUCUUUUUUCUCCA